AUGAGUGGUGUAAGUGAUGAUGAUUUAUUUGACAGCGUAGCUAAUUACCUUCUGGUGACAAAUGAUGGCCUACAUAGCAAGUGCCGAGCUGGGGUGUUAAGCAGGACAACAUGGUACCCCGGAUUUACCAGGAAGUUGGGUUCAAAGGGGCGUUACGAGUUACUAAAACUGAUAAGAAACAAAUGCAACAACAGUGAAGAAUGUAAAUUUAUUUUUAGAAACCACGAUCCGCCAAUUUCUGCGGGUAAGCUGUCGUUUUACCGCGUCGAAUUUUUAUGGAAGAUAGCAUAUAUGAUAGGCGUUUUUGACGAGGCAUUGCAGAUGUACAACAAAAACAUAAAGAAAUCAAUUCAACACAAACGUCUAGAUGCAUUAGUAAAUAGGCCAGCGUGUAGCAUAAAGGAUUUGGAGAUGCAGCUCAAGAACAGUCACCGUAUAAUCUCAAACGUAAUUCCUGGACGAAUAAGCAAAUUUGAAUUUGAAAUCAUUGACCAGUUGAACCGUUUCUACAACAUAAUCAAGAUGAAGCUAUCGCUAGACGCCAUCACGGACAGUGACAGAGGCAGCUGGCACUCGUUAUUAUAUUCGUUAAACAAGAUCCAGAUACCCAACCUGUGUAACAUAACAAGUCUAUCGAGCCGCGCUUCAAGCGGAAGGCCCGGCUGCUCCAAAGAGUACAACAAGGCCCUGCUGCCCCCAUAA